AUGUCAUUGGGUGUCUUUGAGACAUCAUCGCCAACUGAGAGAAGACGUCGUUCAAUCAGUUUUGCUGAUGAGGAUGAUCAUAUCGAGGACAAUGAUGACAAUGACGAGGAUGAUGAUGAUGUUUACUUUAGAAGUGCGUUUGGAAGAGGUGGAAGAGGUGGAAGAGGUGGAAUGGUGCGAGGUCGUACUUUUGGUACACACUCAGGUUGGCGCACAUCUCUGACGAGAGAUGAUGCUGAUGCCGAUGACGACGAGGAAAUUGAUAGUUGUAGCGAUAAAGAGCGCGGGGACGACAAUGAUGAUGACGAUAAUGAAGACGUGCGAAUAAACGAGCGAGUAUCAUUUAGAGAUGUAGAUGACUUCUACAUGGUGCAUCCCGAGGAUGAGGAUAGUGAUGACAAUGACGACGAAAAAGACAAUGACAACAACAAUGACAAUGAUGAUGACGACGACGAAUUUCUGGGAGACGAUGAGCGCACAACAGUUGCAUCAUCAUUAUCAUCAUCUUCCUCUUCUUCAAGUUCAAGGCGACAACUGGAUUCGAGUGGUGGCAGCGGAGGUGGCGGUGACUCUCUGCGUUCAAGUCAAUCUACCAACAGUACAAACGUCUUGCAAAACCUGGACGAGGAGGACUUUCAAUCAAUCAAGGCCUUGCUGCUGAGCAGCUUGGCAGCGAGCCGGAGCAGAAAGAGGGAGCGUGAUAAUGCAGACAUGGAUACCAAUGAAGCUGUAAUGGAUGAGGACAACACUGAUCAAGAUCAAGAGCAUAUCGAUAUGAUACUUAGAAGACUGACCAAGCAUUCAAAGACAACUGGAUCAUCAUCAAGUUCUACACCAUUGGCUAUCAGCAACGACAACAACAAAAGUGGGAAGCCAAAGAAUAAGACUGUCAUCACAAGGAAGUUCACGCUCACACUGGACAACAAGGUCGACAUGCAAGAGACCGUGGAGGAGGAGGAGGUAUCAAGUGAUUGA